AUGGCCACACUUGAGAAAAGGACAAUCGAGACCGAGCGCUCACUCACUUAUACAUACUACGUCUCACCAAAGAGCAAGGCCGGUUCCUCCAAACCAGCUUUGUUCUUCCUCCAUGGCUUCCCCGACAGCGCUCUCAUGUGGUCGGAGGUCAUUGACCAGCUCUCAGACCUGCCGUACCAGAUGAUCGUCCCAGACUGCCUCGGCUACGCUGGUACUUCCAAGCCCCGCGACGUCUCCAUGUACAAAUGGUCUGGCCAAUGUGCUGACCUCUGGGAGAUCCUGAAGGCGGAGGACAUCAAGACGGUCAUCAUCAUCGGUCACGAUUGGGGAUCCAUGCUCGCCCAGCGAUUCUACAAUCGCCAUCCCGAAAUGGUAUCAGGGAUGAUCUUGUGCAACAUUUCUUACAGACCUCCAUCUGCGGAGAAAUUCGACCUUGACAACGUCAACGCCCUUACCAAGGAACGCUUUGGAUAUCCCAUCUUCCAGUACUGGUAUUUCUUCACCUCCCGCGACGGCUAUAAAAUUAUCAACAGCAACCUUGAAAGGUUCUGGGAAGUCUUACAUGGCGCCGAUCCGGAAUGGAUGAAGAAAAUGUUCGCCGGCGAGGACGCAAUGACGAAUUACAUGUCGGGCAACGAGCGGGUUGCAUUGAAGCCGUACGCAGCAAAGCCUAAAUGGAGGAAUGAUUUUAUGCAACGCUUCACCAGGGACGGCUUCCAGGCCCCGACGAAUUGGUACAAGGCGCAAGCGACCAAUGUCCAGUGGGAAGACGACAAGAGUAUCCCUAAGGAGAAUCAUGUUGUCAACGUCCCUUUCUUCUUCAUCGGAUGCACAGGCGAUACCGUGGGUCGGACUGACUUGAUUCAAGUCCCGAGGCAAGCGGGAUACUUGCCAGACUUUGAGAUGACCGAGAUCGAAUCUGGUCAUUGGUGUGCAAUGGAACAGCCUGGAAAGGUGGCCGAAGCCAUCAGAGGGUGGGUGACCAAGCGGUUCCUGUGA